ACCCAUAAUUGCCCUGUUUGUUAGCAUCACCUGGAGGUUGGCAACCCUUCAGGGAAGUAAUGCGUGUCUGGCUUCUCCCCUAGGCGCCGCAGAGACCAUGAUGGCCAGGAUGGUUCCCACCGCCUCCUUCCUCGUCCUCCUCUUCCUCCCGCCCAAGUCCUGCCUCCCCCUGGAGUGGCCCAGGCCAGCCCCGCCUCGCUUCACCCCCGUCGGAGCGUCCCCCCGCGGCCAGUGGCCGAGCCUUUGGGAGCCGGAGGACGAGCCCUCGAGCCCCGCAGCGGACCCAAGGCCUCUCCAGUCCUGCAAGCCCCCGGGGCCCGCGCACCUCUCCCGGCAGCAGCAGCAGCAGCGCGCAGAGCGCUCGGCCCCCUCCAGCAAGAGGCGCGACGGGCGGCCCAACUCCCUGGACUUGACCUUCCACCUGCUCCGCGAGUUCCUGGAGAUGUCCCGGGAGGAGCGUCUGGCGCAGAAAGCGCGCAGCAAUAAGAUCCUGUUGCACAACAUAGGCAAAUGAGGGGGCGGGGCCUGGGGAGGGGCGGGGCCGGCUUCUCCUUGUACAGUUUCCCAUUUUAUUCUUGCACCGGCGCAGUUGAGGGGGGAAGGUAGCAAAGUUGCCAGCUCCAGGUCGGGAGAUUCCUGGAGAUUGGGAGGGCGGCGCCUGGAGAAAGCGGGGUUUGGGGAGGGGAGUAUAAUGCCAUAGAGGUCACCUUCCAAAGCAGCCAGCCUCCCGUCUUGCCCUUCCAUACUCGUGCUGCCACCUGCCAGUGUGUCCCUCUGCAUUUGCAAGCCCCCCCUCAACAGCUGCAGUCAGACCUACCCACUCUAGGGGAACUGAUCUCUAUGGCCUGGAGAUCAGUUGUAAUUCUAGAGAUCUCCAGCCACCACCUGGAGGCUGGCAACCCUAGAGGAAGGUGGGAUUUUCUGGACUUGAGCCGGAUGCAAAGAUUUCCUCCAGAGGAUGGGUUGGGAAAGAGUCGUUCCAAAGAUUGUGUCCAGUGACUUUGCCCCAGUGAUGAAAGAGGAGCACGUUUC